GAGAAAAUACAUUUAUAGUACUGUACCAUAAGAACUACAUAAAUGGAGCUGCACAGUUCAAACCCAUGUUCAAGGGUCAGUGGUAUUUUUUUGUGGGUGAAAAGGGCAGCAAGAAUCUUUAUUUUUCUUCCCUUCAGCUGCCCACAAUUACCCCCUAUUUUAAGGUAUAAGCGGAAUCUGAUUGAAUCUGAGGGCAGAAUGUCAUGACUAUAGCUGAUAGUUGUUGAGCAUUUUUUGUGGGUUAGGCUAAGUGUUCCCCCAUACAGAGCUCACCAACUCUCACACACAUCCCAUUUUACAGAUGUGGCAACUGGGACCCAGUUGGGGCGGGGGGGGGGGGCAGUCUCUCAUCUUGAAAGGGGAUCUGGGUGUAGUGGUUAAGAACUGGAAACCCAGAGUCGCUGUGCUGGGAUUACCUCUCUGCCCCACCACUUUCUUGCUAUGUGAUCUCCACGCUGUGACUUCUCUAUUUCUGAACUUUCUCACUUGUGAAGUAGCAAUGAUAAUAGUACAUCCUAGGAGGGUAGCUGUGUGGGCUAGGGGAAAUAACUCCUAGGGAGUGCUUAGAAGGGUGCCUUGUGCAGAGUGAGCACCCAGGCUCUGGUGGUUGUUAAUAUCAGGCAAAGCCAUUCCGGCCUGUGCUUCCAAAGCUGGCCGGAGGGGCCCAGAGGCGGUGCUUAAUCAUUAAGCUACAUUGCCUCUGCCUGAGUGAGCAGACCGGGAGUCCGCACCGGGAACGGAGCCCACCUUUGGAUUGUGAGGUUGUGAAUGAAGCGGGCAGGUGCCAGCCCAGGGCAGGGGAGGCUGUGGGCACGGAUCCAGCCCUGGCUCAGUCAGUGAACAGGUGGCCCGUUCCUGGAUCAGCAGUAACAGGCGAGCCGUCUUUGUUACCUUGGAGCUUUCUCUUAAGCCCAUUCAGGCUCCUCAGACCACGUGUCUGAUGCACGGUCUUUGACAUUGGCUCUCGUGGGACCCUCAAGGGACACUAGUGCCCAGAACACACUGAGGCAUGGCAGGGAAGACAGCCCAGCAGCCUGCUGGCCCUCACCCACAUCUACUGCUUGCUCUGUCCUGCUGAGCCGCCCAGUCUGGAGACCCUAGGACAGCACCUGCCUCCUGAGGUUGUCCUGGCUCGGUUGUCCACAGCGAUGGUGGAGAACUGGACUCCACAGGCUCACAACCUUCCGGUCAGGCUUCAAGGGCCAGCAUCCUUCAUCCUGGGACUGGCGGCCCUGAACAAUGGCUGAGGGCCAGGGGACCCCAUAAAGUUACUCGGCAGCUCACAGGAGCCAGUAGCACUCCAGUGCCCGUGGACUAUGACCACCUAUCGGCCCAUUCCCAGUGAUGGUGUGGAUCUGGCAGCCAGUUGUGGGGCCAGGGGGGCCGAUGUCCUCCCCGGGCCACACACAGGGGACUAUGCUCCCAUGGGAUUCUGGGUCCAGAACGGGGGCAUGCCACAGCCCAUUGGUGAGAGCCCAGUCAGCGCCACCACCCGCCCCAGUCCCACCACCCCUGCAGUGCCCAAGAUGGGUGUGCGCGCAAGAGUGGCCGACUGGCCGCCCAAGCGGGACGCCCUGAGAGAGCAGAACAACCCAAGCCCCUCACAGGACGCAGACGGCACGAAGGCCACAAAGGUGGCCCAUUCCAUGAGGAGCGUACAGAACGGACAGCCUCCUGUCAGCACCCCGGCUUCCUCAGUGCCCAAAGCCUUCCACAGACUCUCCAGGAGAAGGUCCAAAGAUGUGGAAUUCCAGGACGGGUGGCCCCGGUCCCCCGGCAGGGCCUUCCUCCCCCUGCGGCACCGCAGCAGCAGCGAGAUCACCCUCAGCGAGUGUGACGCGGAGGACGCUGGGGAGCCGCGGGGACCCCGGCACACAGGGGCCCUGCCCCUCUUCCGCGAGUACGGCAGCACGUCCUCCAUCGAUGUGCAGGGCGUGCCGGAGCAGAGCUUCUUCGACAUUCUCAACGAAUUCCGCAGCGAACAGCCGGAGGCCGCGGGCCCCCAGCCCCUCAGUGAGCUGCUCCAGGUGGAUCCGGGGCCCCACGUCCCGGGGGGCGGCGGCGGAGCCAAGGGGGACCCUCGCAACGGGCAGCCCGCCAAGGACAGCCUCCUGGUGCUCCAGCCCGCCAAGGAGAAAGAGAAGGCCCGCAAGAAGCCCGCGCGCAGCCUGGGCGGCGGGGACGUGGCCGACUCGUCCAUCUUCCGGAAGCUGAGGAGCGGGAAGACGGACGGCGAGGCUGGCCGGGCCCUGGGGGAGGCCGAGGAGGGCCGGGGCCCCCCGGAGGCCGGCCGCCCGUGGGUCUGCCAGAAGAGCUUCGCCCACUUUGACGUGCAGAGCAUGCUGUUCGACCUCAACGAGGCGGCCGCCAACAGGGUGGCCACGGCGCAGCGGCGCAACACCACCACGGGCGCCUCGGCCGCCUCCGCCACGGCCGCCCUCUCGGCAUCGCGGGCCCACGGCCUGGGCGGCCUGGACGCCGCCUUCCCCAGCACGGAGGACCUGAACUGCAAGGAGAACCUGGAGCAGGACCUGGGCGACGACAACAGCAACGACCUGCUGCUCAGCUGCCCGCACUUCCGCAACGAGAUCGGCGGCGAGUGCGAGCGCAACGUGAGCUUCUCGCGGGCGGCCGUGGGCUCCCCGGGCGGCGGCGGCGGCGGCGGCGAGGGCCGCCCCGCCGAGCCUGCCCUCAGCGCGCACCGCACCAACGCCAGCAUCUCGGUGCUGGAGGUGCCCAAGGAGCAGCAGAGGACGCAGAGCCGCCCGCGGCAGUACAGCAUCGAGCACGUGGACCUGGGCGCCCGCUACUACCAGGACCACUUCGUGGGCCGAGAACAUGCCAAUUACUUUGGUGUGGACGAGAAACUGGGGCCAGUGGCUGUGAGCAUCAAGCGGGAGAAGUUGGAGGACCACAAGGACCAUGGGCCUCAGUACCAGUACAGGAUCAUCUUCCGGACCCGUGAGCUCAUCACCCUGCGGGGAUCCAUCCUGGAGGACGCCACACCCACAGCCACAAAGCAUGGGACGGGGCGGGGCCUGCCCCUGAAGGAUGCCCUGGAGUAUGUCAUCCCCGAACUCAACAUCCACUGCCUGAGGCUGGCUCUCAACACGCCCAAGGUGACCGAGCAGCUGCUGAAGCUCGACGAACAAGGGCUGUGCCGGAAACACAAAGUGGGCAUCCUCUACUGCAAGGCUGGCCAGAGCUCGGAGGAGGAGAUGUACAACAACGAGGAGGCCGGCCCUGCCUUUGAGGAGUUCCUCUCCCUGAUCGGGGAGAAGGUCUGCCUGAAGGGCUUCACCAAGUACGCCGCCCAGCUGGAUGUCAAGACCGACUCUACAGGCACCCACUCCCUCUACACGACAUACCAGGACUACGAGAUCAUGUUCCACGUCUCCACCCUGCUCCCUUACACCCCCAACAACAGGCAGCAGCUACUAAGGAAGAGGCACAUAGGAAACGACAUUGUGACGAUCAUCUUCCAGGAGCCUGGGGCGCUGCCUUUCACCCCCAAGAACAUCCGCUCACACUUUCAGCACGUCUUCAUCAUUGUCCGAGCCCACAACCCCUGCACUGAUAAUGUCUGCUACAGUAUGGCUGUGACCCGAUCCAAAGAUGCUCCUGCUUUUGGUCCCCCCAUCCCCAGUGGAACCACAUUCCGCAAGUCUGAUGUCUUCAGAGACUUCUUGCUGGCCAAGGUGAUUAAUGCCGAGAACGCUGCACACAAGUCUGACAAAUUCCACACCAUGGCCACCAGGACCCGCCAGGAGUACCUCAAGGACCUGGCUGAAAACUGUGUCUCUAACACACCCAUUGACUCCACUGGCAAAUUUAACCUCAUCUCCCUGACCUCCAAGAAGAAGGAAAAGACAAAAGCGCGGGCAGGCGCUGAGCAGCACAGCGCAGGCGCCAUCGCCUGGAGGGUGGCGGCCCAGGACUAUGCCCAGGGGGUAGAAAUUGACUGCAUUUUGGGGAUUUCCAAUGAGUUUGUGGUGCUCCUGGACCUUCGCACCAAGGAGGUGGUGUUCAACUGCUACUGUGGGGACGUCAUCGGCUGGACCCCAGACUCCUCCACUCUCAAAAUCUUCUAUGGGCGAGGGGACCACAUCUUCGUGCAGUCCACGGAAGGCUCUGUGGACGACAUAAGGGAAAUCGUCCAGAGACUGAAGGUCAUGACCAACGGCUGGGAGACGGUGGACAUGACCCUGCGGCGGAACGGGCUCGGGCAGCUGGGCUUCCACGUGAAGUAUGAUGGGACAGUGGCCGAGGUGGAGGACUACGGGUUUGCCUGGCAGGCCGGCCUCCGGCAAGGUAGCCGACUGGUGGAGAUCUGCAAGGUGGCCGUGGUCACACUGACCCACGAUCAGAUGAUCGACCUCCUGCGCACCUCUGUCACUGUCAAGGUGGUCAUCAUCCCGCCGUUCGACGACGGCACGCCCCGGAGGGGCUGGCUGGAGACCUAUGACAUGAAUACCUCGGAGCCGAAGACGGAGCCAGAGAGCAUGACCCCCGGGGGCCGGCCCCCCUACCGCAGCAACGCUCCCUGGCAGUGGAGCGGGCCCGCCUCCCACAACUCUCUACCCGCCUCCAAGUGGGCCAGCCCCAGCACCCCCGGCCAUGCCCAAUCCCUGAGCCGGCCCCCGAAGCAGACCCCCAUGGUCCCCUUCCGGGAGCCCCAGCCCCUGCACAGCAAGAGGCCUGUCAGCUUCCCAGAAACCCCUUACACAGCAUCACCAGCAGGGGCCGACAAAGUCCCUCCCUACCGACAGCCUUCUGGGAGCUUCUCCACCCCCAGCUCGGCCACCUACGCGAGAUACAAGCCAUCUCCAGAAAGGUAUGCGGCUGUCCCACACCCGCUGCUGUCUUUUGAUCCCCACUUCAGCCACGACGGGAUGUCCAGCGGCGACUCCUCCUCAGGCGGCUUGACCAGCCAGGAGAGCACCAUGGAGCGUCAGAAGCCAGAGCCUUUGUGGCAUGUGCCCGCCCAGGCCCGGCUCUCAGCCAUGGCGGGAAGCAGCGGGAGCAAGCACACCUCCAGGCAGGACGCAGCAGGCAAAGAUUCCCCCAACAGGCAUUCCAAAGGAGAACCUCAGUACUCCAGUCAUUCCAGCAGCAACACCCUCUCCAGCAACGCAUCCAGCAGCCACAGCGACGACCGCUGGUUUGACCCCCUGGACCCCCUGGAGCCGGAGCAAGAUCCCCUCUCCAAGGGUGGCUCUAGUGACAGUGGCAUCGACACCACCCUCUACACCUCCAGCCCCAGCUGCAUGUCCCUGGCCAAGGUGCCUCGGCAGCCCAAGCCACACAAGCCCCCGGGAAGCAUGGGCCUUUGCGGCGGCGGACGGGAGGCCGCCACGCGGUCCCACCACGCAGACAGACGGCGGGAGGUCUCGCCAGCCCCUGCAGUUGCCGGUCAGAACAAGGGCUACCGACCGAAAUUGUACUCCUCAGGCUCCAGCACCCCUACAGGCCUGGCGGGGGGUAGCCGUGACCCACCAAGGCAGCCUAGUGACGUGAGCUCCAGGGCCGGCUACCCUGCUCAGGUUUACAAAACCGCCAGCACAGAGACCCCUCGGCCCUCCCAGGUGACCCAGCCCAGCCCCUUCCAGCUGUCCGCCUCCGUCCCCAAGUCCUUCUUCUCCAAGCAACCCGUUCGCAAUAAGCACCCCACAGGGUGGAAGAGGGCAGACGAGCCCCCGCCACGGCCACUCCCCUUCACUGACCCAAAGAAGCAGGUGGACACCAACACGAAAAACGUCUUCGGGCAGCCGCGGUUGAGGGCGUCCCUCCGAGACCUCCGCUCCCCACGAAAGAACUACAAAUCCACCAUCGAGGACGACCUGAAGAAACUCAUCAUCAUGGACAACCUGGCGCCGGAGCAGGAGAGAGACGCGGGACAGUCCCCACAGAAGAGCCUGCAGCGGACGCUGUCAGAUGAGAGUCUGUGCAGCGGGCGGCGGGAACCCAGCUUCGCCAACGCUGCCAGCCUGGAGCCGGGCCUGCCCAGCGAUGUGCUCUUCAGCAGCACCUGCGCCUUCCCCUCCAGCACACUGCCCGCCCGCCGCCAGCACCAGCACCCCCACCCCCCUGGCAGCGGCAGCCCCAGCACCGUCCCUGCGACCGGCAACGGCUUCCCAGAGAAGAAAUCCACCAUCUCAGCCUCGGAGCUCUCGCUGGCCGAUGGGCGGGACCGGCCACUGCGGCGCCUUGACCCCGGGAUGAUGCCACUGCCUGACACGGCCUCUGGCCUUGAGUGGUCCAGCCUGGUAAAUGCAGCCAAGGCAUACGAAGUGCAAAGAGCUGUCUCACUCUUCUCCCUCAACGACCCAGCUCUGAGCCCGGAGGUCCCACCUGCACACAGUCCUGUCCACAGCCACCUGAGCCUGGAGAGGGGGCCCCCAACCCCCAGGACCACCCCUACCAUGAGCGAGGAGCCUCCCCUGGAUCUGACAGGCAAGGUGUACCAGCUGGAGGUGAUGCUGAAGCAGCUGCACACCGACCUCCAGAAGGAGAAGCAGGACAAGGCCGUGCUGCAGUCGGAGGUGGCCAGCUUACGCCAGAACAACCAGCGCCUGCAGGAGGAGUCACAGGCCGCCAGCGAGCAGCUGCGCAAGUUCGCGGAGAUCUUCUGCAGGGAGAAGAAGGAGCUCUGAGGCGGCGAGCCGCCCCCACCCCUGCCCGGGCCAGCCACGGGCUCCCGCUCUCUUGUCUCCCUUGGCUCGCUCCCAGUUGCGGGUAUGACCACGAUAACCCAGCCAGGGCCCCACCGCCCUCCUCGUGGACACGGAAACCCUGGAUGGCCGCAGGCCCCGCCCCGGGCUGUGAGCUGUGGUCUGCUCAAGGUCCUCCUGCCCCACAAGAUGACAUGGUCUCAGGCCUCCCUCUGAACUGCCCAUCUCUGGUCCCUGGGGACUGGACCAUGCCCACGCCGCACCCAGGAGGCCCAUCUAGCCUCUUCCUAGGACCAAGCCAUCAGAAGCUGUAGGAAGGGGAGAGGGAGGGCAGGUGUGUGUCUCCAAACCCCGCAGCUCCAGGAGUCCACAAACCAGGUUUCUUCACCACGUGCAACAGAGUUUGGGCUUGUGGGGCCAAGCCCCCUGCAUGAAAAACCAGUGUGAAACUGGCCCGUGCUUCCCCUCGGCCCCAGAGAGAUGAAGGCCUGUGUGGAAACUGGCCAGGGGUCUCAGUCCCAGUGCACUAGCUCCAAAUGGCACGGACAGUAUCCCCUCCCAACCUCGCUCUUCCAAAAAGCAGCCAGGAGCACUUUGUUAGAGUUUCACUUCUUUUCUUGGGACCCCGGAUGGAGAGAGGACACCCCCAGCAUCCAAAGUCAACUUCUUUGAGGGGAAACUCUAUUUGCACACUCGGGACUGUUUAUACCGUCUUUUUUCUAUCCGCCCCUCGACCGCCAAAGGCCACAGCGCCCGGGCCAUGCCACCUUCCAGCUACUGCCCUGGCCCCAGGCAGCGAAGCCCUGUCUCUCCUCCCCAGGCCCCGCCAGCUCCGACCACACAGCCACGGCCUCUUCCGGGCACCAGGAGGGGCUCCACGCAGCCCUCCGGUCAGGGCUGGAGAGAAAACAGCCUGCAACUCCUCUCUGGUUUUGUUUUCCCUUCGCAAGCGGACGCCUGGACACCCUCACUGUGCUCCCCGGGGAGUGCUUUGCUGUGUGAACCCCCCCCAUGAGACGCUGGUUCUCUAAAGGCAAUAAGGGGCAGCUUGCCAGGCAGCCGAGCCAGAGUGGUACUACGCUGUUCACCCAGGAAACAGAGUUUCUUUUUUCCUUUAAAAACAAAAAUAUAUAUAUAUAUAUAUAUAUAUUUAUUUUUUCAUGUAGAGUUGCGCCAGAACAAGUCUGUAUGGCCACAAUCUGUGGAUUCCCCCAACCUCAAGCUGAGGAUCAAGGUGUGUCCCCCGUGGACUGGGACUCAGUGGGAGGACUCAGAGGGAUAAAGUCAGGGUGGGCAGGUGGGUGGGCUUUCCCAUUUUGGGAGGCCCCAGGCAGGGGGAGCUGGCCCGGCUCCGAGCAGCACCCUCUGGGCUGGAAGCCAGCAGCAGGUCGUCCAGCCUUUGUCCAGAGACACCCCGCCCCCUGCUUUCUCUUUGGGGCCAGAAACCUCAGGGUAGGGGGCUCUGGGACUGCACAGGACACAGAGAGGUGCCGGGCUGGACAGGGAGGUGCCACACUGGGCCGGCCGGCUGGGGCAAGAGAAAAGGGUGCUCCUGUCUCCCUGUGAUCAGCCUCUGACCCCAGCCACAUCGCAGUCCCUCGAGAAGCCCUCAGUUCUGCCAUCUCCUGUCCCUCACCUGUGGUGUGAGAUGAGGGCUUCAAGGUGGGACCUGCUUGGUCCUCAGUCCUGGCCAACUACUGUGAUAUCUCUGCCCCUCUUCCCCACCCCUUUUUGGAAGGGUUCUCCAGGACCUCCCCACCGCCCUUUCCUCAGACCCUAACCUGGAGGCUGCCCCCCCCCUCUUUUUUUUUUAAGUUCUCAUCAGAUCAUUUGAAUUAUUUUGGGGACCUAAUCAUGUACAUUGACGAGUGUAAAUUAUGAUUUUUGGUUUUGUUUUCUGUUAUUUUUUAAGGAUCUCUGCAAAACAAAUCUAUUUAAUUUGAGGUUAGUGUUCAAUCUGAAGGCUUGAAGAUAGCAGAGUUUUUUUUUUUUUCAUAUGCUGAUUUCAUUUGGAUUUUUUAUUCUUUAUUGUCUUUUUUUUUUUUUUUUUUCCUAUCCCUGUCUUGAGAUUUUUCUGGCAUGUUUCUGGAGGUUUCAAAGGAAAUAAAUGUUUCAUAGAAA